GAUCUGAGGCAGACGGAGGCGAAGUGCAGCAGAGCAGAGAGGACAGCUCAGGAGACGAGUUGGACAACAAUCCCAUCAUGGACGCCCUGAGGAAAGGAUUCUCCAUGGCGAAGGACGGAGUGGUGGCCGCCGCCGAGAAGACCAAGGCCGGGGUGGAGGAGGCCGCCAGCAAGACCAAGGAUGGGGUCAUGUAUGUGGGAAACAAGACAAUGGAGGGCGUGGCGACGGGUGUGGGCUCAGUCGCUCAGAAGUCGACCGAACAGGCCAAUGUGGUUGCUGACACAGCUGUUGCCGGGGCCAACGAGGUCGCCCAGGCAACAGUGGAAGGGGUGGAGAAUGCAGCGUUGGCGAGCGGAUUGGUCAAGAAGGCUGGUGUCCCUAAAGCAGACACAGGGGAGCAAACUGAGCCGACGUCUCAGUAGACUCUGGAUGUCCUUCAUCACUGAAGAGGAGAGAAGAAGAAACUUAAACUGUUGCUCAAUAAUUCCUCUUCUGCUGCAGCCUUUAACCUCAUUAACCAAUCACACGCUCUGAUUUCCUCACUGUUACCAUAGUUACAGGGUUGCCCUCCAACAUAGCCUGAAUGUUUUAACGCUAAUAAACUGGACCAGGUCAUGUGCUUUGAUUCUAUUAGCUGAUUGGCUCAUUGGGAGUGGGUGUGUACGUCACCUUUUCACCUUGUCAGUCACCGGCUAAGCCCCGCCCCCUGACACUGCCUUAAUAAUGCAUGAAGCUUUAGACUGAAAACACAGAGGUAUUGAUUGAUGAUGAGAUUUAAUCUGGUUUUUGUUUGAUGUCACUAAUUUGGGCUCAGCUGAUUAACCUUUUAUAAACUAUAAUAAAUUAAUAAAGAGU